GUUAAUAUUUAGUGUUGGAGGGGAGCUUCACAGUGACAGCGAGCAGCAGUGAGGAAGGAGGACGAAGAGACACUCGUUCCACCAAAGUCAUUCAGAUUCAACCAUCUUCAUCAUCAUCUGGAUCAUCUUCUUCAUCAUCUUCAUCCCUCAUGUCGGUUCUUCCUCUGCGCGUGAAGGUGUUGCGGCGUCUCUGGAGUUUGAGGGGCGUCCUUGUCCUCGUCUGCAGCCCCUUCCUCCUGCUGCCCCUCGCCCUCAGCACCACGGAGGCAGCCUGUGCUUACGUCAUCGCCCUCAUGGCGGUGUACUGGUGCACGGAGGUUUUGCCGUUGGCGGUCACCGCGCUGCUGCCGACCGUCCUGUUCCCCGUCCUCGGCAUCAUGGAAUCCAAAGACGUGUGUAUGCAGUACCUGAAGGACACCAACAUGCUGUUCGUUGGGGGGCUCAUGGUGGCCGUGGCCGUGGAGCACUGGAACCUCCACAAACGGAUCGCGCUGCGUGUCCUGCUGCUGGUCGGCGUCCGACCGGCCUUGUUGAUGCUGGGCUUUAUGGGCGUGACCGCCUUCCUGUCCAUGUGGAUAAGCAAUACGGCCACCACUGCCAUGAUGGUUCCGAUUGUCCAGGCCGUACUGGAGCAGCUCCAUGGCGACGUGGACCCUCAAACCCUCCUCCGAAACCCAGGAACACACGGAGAGCAUCAGGAGAAAACCACUGCUUUUAACCAUCUUGAGACCGGUCUGAACAGGGAAACCACACAAGCCAACUCAGAAAAAUCCAGCGACUCAUGCUCCCCCGAGGCUCAGACGGAUCAGCAGGAGAUCAUCAAACCGACACCACAAGACAAACCUCCAUCAGACAGCAUCACCAGCGGACCAGAAGUCUGCUGUCAGAUGGUUUUGGAGGACCUGAACGACGAAGAAGACAGGAGGAAGUUGAAUAAAGGACUCCUGCUGUGCAUCUGCUACUCCGCCAGCAUCGGCGGCAUCGCAACGCUGACCGGCACCGGACCCAACCUAGUUCUGAUGGGACAGAUGAGCCAGCUCUUCCCUCAAAAUGGCGACGUGAUCAACUUUGCCUCCUGGUUUGCCUUCGCCUUCCCCACAAUGGUGCUCACACUGACGCUGGCCUGGUUCUGGUUGCAGUUCCUCUACAUCGGCUGCAACCUACGGAAGACGUGGGGCUGCGGGGCGCCGCAGUCGGAGAAGGAGCGGGCGGCGCUUGGGGCGAUCCGGGACGAGCACCUGCGCCUGGGGCCGGUAACGUUCGGCGAGGUCAGCGUCCUGGCGCUGCUCGUCCUCAUGGUGCUGCUGUGGUUCACCAGAGACCCGCGCUUCAUGGACGGCUGGGCCACCCACCUCUUCAACGCCAAGGCGGAGUUCGUCACUGACGCGACCGUCGCUUUGUUUGUUGCUGUUCUGCUCUUUGUUCUCCCUUCAAAGCCACCACGCUACCUCUGCUUCUGGAGGAGCUCUGACACAGAGGUGUCACAGGGCCCCGCCCCUGCGCUGCUCACCUGGCAGGUGACUCAGAAAAAGAUGCCCUGGAGCAUCGUGCUGCUGCUCGGAGGUGGCUUCGCUCUGGCUAAAGGCAGCGAGGAGUCCGGUCUGUCCCGCUGGCUCGGUACUCAAAUGACCCCCCUUCACGCCAUCCCGCCAUGGGCCAUCGCCGUCGUCCUCUGCCUCCUCGUCGCCACCUUCACCGAGUGUGCCAGCAACGUUGCCACGGCAACGCUCUUCCUGCCCAUCCUGGCCUCCAUGUCCCAGUCGAUCGGCUUGAACCCUUUGUACGUGAUGAUCCCCUGCACCCUCAGCGCCUCCUUUGCCUUCAUGUUGCCCGUGGCCACGCCCCCAAACGCCAUUGUCUUCUCUUAUGGUUUCCUCAAGGUGUCCGACAUGGCUAGAACCGGCGUGGUGAUGAACGUCAUCGGAGUGGGCUGCAUCACCCUCGCCAUCAACAGCUGGGGUGACGUGAUCUUCGGCCUGGACUCGUUCCCCUCCUGGGCCAACGCCACCUCGCCCGUGUAGUGACCUGUGCGACCUGCUGCCUCAGCUUGGAGUUCGGGGUUCUUGGUUCUUUGUUUUUGUACCUCAGCUCGUAUCAGCUGGUUCUGGUUCUGAGCCUCACCACAACCAGAACUUUGCCUUUACAUGUGGAGCUCAUGGCUGCUGACGUUUUGGUGUCUGCUCCUUUUUCUUCAUCUGUUUUAUCAAUUCAUGCUAAGCUACGGACAAUCAGGUUUUUCAAAAUAAAAGCUCAUUUUUUUUAACUGAGCUGCUUGAAGACCUUUUACUUGAAUCUAGGAUUAGGGUUAUUGUGAUUGGCAAUAAGGAAUCAAUGCAAUGAAUAUAUAUUACUAACUCUAUGAAUCAUGGAACAUUUGAAGUUCAAAAGGGACCAGGAUCAAAUAUAAUUAUGAAACAGUUGGAAUUUAGAGUAAUAUCUGACCUUGAAAAGGUCCUGAAACUAAGAAUCGGACGCUUUGAUUUGUUCCCUUUUCUUGGUGGUGACUACUUGCAGAUGUUUUUUCUAUAUAAAGAUGUAAUUUCUGAUGUUAAAUCAGUGUAAAAACUCUUGAUUCAUUAAUAAUUAGAAAAUAUUUUGUAGGUUUAUUUUUUUUGAGUUUCUAGGUAUUAAUGUGAGAGUGAAUUUUAACUGUACAUAUGUUUAACCUUUGUAUCUGUUUGCUAACAGUGUUAUUUGGUGUUAAUAAAUAAAAUGAAUGUGUGACAACAAA